AUGGCCCGCCGGCGCCGCCUCUCGGCGUCCUCGUUGCCAGAGGCGGCUGCUGGCGCCAUUCCCAGUCCGUUCCCUCCCGAGCUCCGGUGGCCUUUCGCGCGCCUCGACGUGGCCCUCACCCAGGACGAGCUCCGGGAAUCCGCCUACGAGAUCUUCUUCUGCGCAUGCCGCUCCACUCCCGCCGGCGGCACGCGCCCAUCCGCCGCCGCCAGAGGCGGCAGGGGAGGAGGGGGGGCGACCCCAACGAGAGCACCACCACCGGAGGCGUCGUCGUCUCCUACCGCCGCCGGUGGAGCGGCAAAGAACAUGGCGGUCACGAGCCGCCUGAAGCGCGCGCUCGGCCUGCGCGCGAGGAACACGAGGCCCACGGUGGGGGCGGGCGGGCGCCCGUUGACGUCGGCGGAGAUCAUGCGGCGGCAGAUGGGGGUCAGCGAGCACACCGACAGCCGAGUCCGGAAGACCCUCGUGCGCUCCCUCGUCGGCCCACAGAUGUCCAGGAAGGUGGACUCCCUCGUGCUCCCCCUGGAGCUCCUCCGCCACCUCAAACCCGCCGACUUCUCCGACGCCGGCGAGCACCGCGCGUGGCAGCUCCGGCAGCUCAGGGUCCUCGAGGCGGGCCUCGUCUCCCACCCCUCCGUACCGCUAGACAGCGGCAACGCCUCGGCGUCCGGUCUCCGCGAGAUUGUCCGGUCCGCGGAGCUGCACACGCGGCCCGGCGGCCUCGACGUGCGCGCCCUGUCCGCCGCCGUGACGGCGCUGUGCUGGCGGUCCGUCGACGCCUGCCGCUGGGCCGACGGCUACCCGCUCAACGUGCACCUGUACCUGACCCUCCUCCGCGCCGUGUUCGACGCCAGGGACGAGACGGUGGUGCUGGACGAGGUUGAUGAGCUCAUGGAGCUCAUCAGGAAGACGUGGAACAUCCUCGGGCUCAACGACACCAUCCACAACGUCUGCUUCACGUGGCUGUUCUUGGAGAAGUACGUGAUGACUGGGGAGAUGGAGCCGGACCUGCUGUCCGCGGCCCUGGCGAUGCUCGAGCAGGUCCGCGGCGACGUCCAGAGGCAAGCCGAGGCCGGCGCGCUGGAGGCGGCGCACCUCAGGAUCUUGUCGGCGACACUGGCGUCCAUGCGUUCGUGGGCGGAACACAAGCUGCUGGAUUACCACGAGGCGUUUGGUGACCACCAAGGAGGAGGCUCCUUGGUCGCGAUGGAGAAUGUCGUUUCACUUGCUGUCUUGGCGGCAACGAUGCUCAGCCAGGAUGUGCCCUCGUCUUUCGCAGCGGCGGUGGCGGCUGCCAGUGGCGAUCUCUCGUCAAGUACUGGGUCGUCGUCUUCAUCGUUUUCAGCUGGGGAGCAAGUGGAGCGGUAUAUCAAGUCGUCGAUAAGGCGUGCAUUCACCAGGCUGCACGAGACCGGCACGGCCGGGAAGAUGGACAGCAUGAUCGUGGAGGUGGACGAGGACCCGUGCGAGGCCCUGAUGUACGUGGCGUCGCAGACCAAGGAUCUGGCAAGGGUGGAGAAAGAGGUGUACAGCCGCGUGCUCCGGCGGUGGCACCCGUGCCCAACGGCGGUGGCCGCCGCCACGCUCCACUGCAGCUUCGGCGCGCUGCUGAAGCGGUACGUGUCGACGAUGGCGGCGGCGUGCGGCCUGAGCAGCGAGUCUGUGCGCGUGCUGCACACGGCCUCUAAGCUGGACAAGUGGUUGCUACAGAUGGCCGGUGAGGACGACCCGCCGGCGGCAGACCAGCUGCCGCCGCCGAUGGCCUCCUACGACGUGGACUCCAUCAUCUUCGGCCUGGUCAAGGGCUGGAUGGAUGAGCGGUUAAAGGUAGGGGACGAGUGCGUGAGGAGGGCCCAGGAGGCAGAGACCUGGAACCCGAGGUCCAAGGCCGAGCCGUACGCGCAGUCUGCGGUAGACCUGAUGAAGCUGGCCAAGGUCACCAUGGAUGAGCUGCUGGAGAUCCAGGUGGCGCCGGCGUGCAAAGAGGAGCUGCUGCAGCGCCUGGUUGACGGCGUCGAUCACCUCGUCCACCAGUACGCUCUGCUCCUUGCCAGCUCGUGCGGGUCGUCCAAGGAGAGCUACGUUCCACCUCUGCCGCCAUUGACGCGGUGCAACCAGGACUCGAAGCUCGUGCAGCUCUGGAGGAUGGCUGCGCCGCCGUGCCAGGUGGGCGACCUGGAGGCGCUCGACUGCGGCAGGGCCGACAUCGUCACGAGCAGCAAGAAGCCCAGGCUGGAGUCGAGCCGGUCGAGACGAGGAGACGACCGAGACCACGCGGCGGCGCACGCGGUGCGCCCCGCCACCAGCCGCGGCACGCAGCGGCUCUACGUGCGUCUCAACACGCUUCACUACCUCCUCGCCGUCCUGCAGAGCAUCGACAGGUCCCUCUCCUCCGCGCUCGCGCCACAUCGGCAGCGGCGCCGCCGCGCGCGGAGCUCGACCUUCGACCACGCCCGCCCCGCCCUCGACGCCGCCGUCCACCACGUGUCCGAGCUCUCCGCGUACCGCCUCGUCUUCCUCGACUCCGCUCAGUUCCUCCACCAGGCGCUGUACCAGGGGGGCGUCACCGCCGUGCGCGCCCGGCCCGCGCUCCGCGUCAUGAAGCAGAACCUCGCGUUCCUCUCCGGCGUGCUCACCGAGCAGGCGCAGCCGCCGGCCGUGCUCGAGGUGAUGAGGGCCUCCGUGGAGGCCUUCCUGACGGUCGUCCUCGGCGGCGGCAGUGGGCGGGCCUUCGCCCGCGCGGACCACACGGCGGUGGCGGAGGACUUCGCGAGCUUGAAACGCCUCUUCUGCGGCUUCGGGGUGGCGGAGGAGACCGUCGAGAGGGAGACGGCGCGGGCGGAAGGGGUGCUGGCGCUCAUGGCUGUUCCCACGGAGAAGCUCAUCCAUGAGUUCCUCGGCCACUACGCUUCUUCCACUCCGAUGGCAGCGGCGGCUGACGAGUUGCCGCAGCUGCCGAUGAUGCCGGUGACGCCCACGACGAGACGCUGGAGCCGGUCCGACGCCAACACCGUCCUCCGCGUGCUGUGCUACCGAGACGAUGAGGCAGCGAACAGAUUCUUGAAGAAAGCCUUUGAUCUGCCCAAGAGGAGGUAG